UGUUCACGCCUCCAACAAUUACCCCAACGUGCCCCCCAAAACCCGCAGCGCCCCCCGCAGCCACCCAUUUGUACGAGUGUUUCUCUCUCCCCCAUCGGUCGAAGCCAACGGUCUUCCUCUGCUCAUCUUCCUCUACUCGUCUUCCCCCACGGUACUCUCUCUCGCUCGUCUUCCCCCUCUCCGCCAGCACUGGAUUCAGCGGCGGUGCACUCUCUACUUCCUUCCUCCGCACUUGCGCCCUUCCCCGGUGUACUGCGCCCAUGCAUUUUUGUGGCCUGUAGGCACCGCAUCGAGCCUGUAUAUCGGCAGGAGGUCGGAGGUCGACGGCGACGGCACGGUUUGCAAGCUCCGGAGGCCAAGCCCUACUAGGGGAGGUUCUUCGUCGGGUCCAGAAGCACCCCCACCCGAAUUGUCAUGGAAUCAAUCUGGAAUGAAUUUAGUUCCCAGGGGCAGGACAAUGGUCAAAUAAAUUACACACCCACCAUUGACCUCACUGCUAUGAAUGGCACCCCGCUUGAUGUGCCUUCGAAUGACCAGGAGGCAGAGGCCGCAAGUAUGCUGGCUCCUGGUGGAAAAAAGAAGGGUACUACCUCGAGGUCCAAGAAUUUUGCUCAAGAUGAAGACGAGGCACUCUGCUCUGCCUACCUAAACGUGUCAAAGGAUGUUGCAGUUGGGGUGAACCAAACUUACAAGUCAUAUUGGACAAGGAUAAGUGAGUACUACAAUGAAGUUACUAGGAAUCCUACUGUGAGGUCUCUCAGUUCUCUGCAACACAGAUGGGGAGACAUCCAAAAAGAUACCGCCCGCUUCUGUGGUUUCUAUAGUGACAUUGUUAGGUGCAAUCAGAGUGGGAAAAGUGAAGAUGACAAGGUGAAGGACGCUCUGCAAAUGUACGCCGGUAUCGUUGGAAACCCAUUCAAGUUGAUUCAUUGCUGGUUAAUUCUUCGCCAUUCAAACAAAUGGAAUGAUUGGUUAGCGAAGGAGUGACAGAAAGGCACCAAGAAGGCUAGUGUCCAAGAUGUGUCUCAAGGUUCUCCGGGUGCUAGUGUUCAAGAUGGGACUG